GGGCUCGGCCAAUCAGGGGGUAGUGUAACAAGGUGAGCCGUGAAUGGAAAGAAGCACUCUUCGUUGCAACCAAUCGGAGUACCGGGGAAUACGGAGGGGCCAAGGAUCAGUGAGCGUCUACUUUGCUGAGUGACUGUAGCCUUCUGUGGGGAAAGGUUCUGAUUCGUACGACCUGUUUGCAAAGCGGCGGAUUUCCUGAAGUGGCUCUUUUUGCGUGAAGGAAGCGAAUACGUGACUUCGACGGGUUCUUUCUCUGCCGGGGCAUAAGCAGCAAAGCGCCUCCCCUUCUGCGCUUUCCUAUGAAAGUGAGGGCGGGUAACGGGGAUAUCUCUGGGGAUGGGAAGGUGCAGUAAAGAAAGCAGCUAAGGUGAUUGAGGUCAGGCUGUGGGGUGAGAGAAGCUGAUAAGCAGGCUGAGCAGUCUCCGUCCCAACCCCUGAGUUUAAAUCGCCGUCGCUCUCUUCUCUUAGUAUGUCCUUUUAAGGGAUGAUAUUUUCCUGAAAGUUAUAGCCUGGUACUCUGUGACUACUAAGCCCUACGGUGUUCAUUGGAACUUACUCCCAGCAGGAUUUUAUGCAUGACAAAGGAAAAUGAACCCCAGCAUGAGUGAGGAGCCUGAUGCACUGACUGUAGUUAAUCAGCUGAGGGAUCUAGCUGCUGACCCCUUAAACAGAAGAGCAAUUGUCCAGGAUCAGGGAUGUCUACCAGGACUUAUUUUGUUUUUGGACCACCCCAAUCCUCCAGUUGUCCAUUCAGCCUUGCUUGCUCUCCGCUAUUUGGCUGAAUGUCGUGCAAAUAGAGAGAAAAUGAAGAGUGAACUGGGUAUGAUGCUGAGUUUACAAACUGUAAUACAAAAGACUACGACACCAGGGGAGACUAAACUGUUAGCUUCAGAAAUCUAUGACAUUCUUCAAUCUUCCAGUGUGUCAGAUGUGGACAAUGUCAAUGAGAUGAAUUCUCGCCGCCGGAAAGCUCAGUUUUUCCUGGGAAGUACAAAUAAACGCGCUAAAACCGUUGUUUUGCACAUAGAUGGCCUUGAUGAUUCGUCUCGGCGAAACCUGUGUGAAGAGGCCUUGUUGAAAAUUAAAGGGGUUAUUAGCUUUACUUUUCAAAUGGCAGUUCAAAGAUGCGUAGUUCGAAUCAGAUCAGACUUAAAAGCAGAGGCAUUGGCAACAGCAAUAGCAUCAACCAAAGUUAUGAAAGCCCAGCAAGUUGUGAAAGAUGAAAGUGGAGAAGAGUUGCUGAUUCCAUUCCAAGAUACUCCUGUAGAAGUGGAGCAGAAUACAGACCUCCCAGAAUAUUUGCCAGAAGAUGAAAGCCCUUCAAAAGAGCAGGACAAAGCUGUGUCCCGUGUCGGAUCACACCCGGAAGGUGCCGCCAACUGGUUGAGCACAGCAGCAAACUUUCUCUCCAGGUCCUUUUACUGGUGACUUGGAACUGAAGCGGAAGGACUGCACAAACCAACACAGGGCCAGUUUUCAUUUGGUCUGGUGAACUGCCAAGUGCAAUUUGCAAUAAGUUACCACAAAAAGAUUUUAGACUACACAAACAUGCUGUUUGACAUUUUAUUGGACGGUGGGCCUUACAGGCCAGUCAGAAGAAUGGAGGCUUCAGGUGAUGGCUUGUUCAUUUUUCCUACCCUGUCACUGUUGUCAUACAUGUUUUAUUGCCUCACAUUUUAAUAUGGGUCCAUUAUUAACCAAACAUUUUGAGUGUAAAAAGCUUUAAGUUAAAAAUUGUUGCUAAGCCACACAGAGAGCCCACUCAGCACAAAUCUCAGGACAGCUCUGCAAGGAAAUUAUUACUUCUAAGUCUGCAUGGUUUGAAAUGCCUUUUUUUUUUUGCCUUAUUUCUGAUUAUGUAUUUCCUCUGGAAAACCAUUCUAGAGAAAACCCUCUGUUUGCCAUUUAUCUUUUCCUUCAGCUUUUUCAAAGCCACUGUUUUUAUAUUCUGCUUAUUGCGUUGCGAUGGAAAUGCUUCAGACUUGAACUUGAUAGCCCGUAAAUGUAUUUCAGAAAAAAAAAUCAGCCUGUAACCACUCAAGUAAUCUGAACUCAGUAAAAAGGAAUUCAGAUGGAAAUCUCUAUGUGUAUCUCUAUACAGUAAAUAUGCUGUAAGAAAAUGCUUGGAAUGAUGAUUGUGACUUUGUAAAUAUGACUGGAUACCAUGGAUUGUAGUUUAAGUUGGUUAACAAGCUCUGUUUUCAAAAGUUGUAAUUCUAUUCAGGCGGUGCCUUGUUACCGAUUUUUGUCUGUGGCAGAAAGUGUGAUGUUGGCCUUACUCACUGAUCAAAAACCCAUUUUCAAUUAGGUAAUCUGAUGACUGAUAAAAUGGUGUGUGUGUGUGUGUGGGGGGGAGAUGGCAUGCCUAACAUGCCUCAGUGCCACUGUUGAUACACUUUUACCACCAUAAAAUUUUGCUGUUUGCUGGAAAUCCUAUAUUUUUCCUGUUGCCUUUGAAGGGUGCUUUUUAUAAUGCACCAUGGUGGGUAAUGGUCUCGUGAUCACAGGCAUGAUCUAUGGGGCAAUGGGAAUGCUGGUGGUGGAACUAAAACCCAGCCAAUGCAAGAUGUCCAAGGAAGGAUGAACAUCUUGUCAAAGAUGAAACUUUUUAUAAAAAUGCACUAACCUAGUCUAGACAGAUGAAACCAAACCAAUGCCUGAACAGGAAGCUUUCCACCUUCUUGUGCUGUGGAUAAUAUAAAAGUUCAAAGUCACCUGGAUCUUCACAUUUUGUCUCUACAAAGCUUCCCUAAAGGAUACUACAGGUAAAGUUCCGCUAGACAAACAUACAAGUAGGUUUUACUGAGAUUUCAUGUGUUCUAGAAAACCCCUAGCUGCUGACCUUAUCAUGCUUCUUUUUGUGGUACAAUCUACAAUAUUGGCUAUGUCAGUAAUUUGACUAUAUUGAGACAAAGAUUGGCUCCUGAAGGUCUAAGCCUUGCACAUCAGCAGAGAUUAGUCUGUAGAAACUGUUAUGUUAUUUUUAACAAGCGUGCAAGAAAAACAACCGCAACCAACAAUAGAAUUUCACUCAAAAUUUGGUGUCCUUUUGAGAUAAAGAGCUUACUUUCAGAUUAGAUUAUUUUGUUUCUAUUUUUUUAAUGUAACUAGUCUAGUUUGACGUUUACACGCACAGAAUACAGGCUUCCGAAGGCAUGUAUUGCAUUAAACAUGUAUUACUAAGCAUAUUGCUGUCUAGAAUGUUACAGUACCAAACGUGUUUGCAAGACCCUCCAUUGUAUUGCCAUGGGUACAAUGUUUACUUUUUUGUUUUAACAUCUGUCUUUGCGUUUUGCAGUGCCGCAUAUCCACAUAUUAAACAAUACACCCCUUUGGAUAUUAAUGGUUCAGUACGAGUAGGAAUUAAAAUUUGUGCUUUGAAUUUGUAGGUAUGCUUUUGGUUUUGUUUUUGGUUGGUAUUAUAGCUCUUCUAGUUACAGUAUCUGUAAGAGCUUUUGAAUACUGUAAAAUAAAAGUGUAAUAUAACUAA